AUGCACGCAUUCUCCAUUGUUACGCUUGGUAUCUUCGUAGCAGGAUACUCGACUGCGCGCUGGGACCUUACCACUCGCCUCUACGAGCUAGCCAUCUUCGCUUGGGAUCACGGUGUUGUCACCAGAGCAGCGAAGGGCUUUGCGAUCCUGUCGUUAUUCUUCUUCCUGCUUGUAUUGCCGUUUGCGCGCCUUGCAACCGAGGAGACAGAUCUACAUCCACGGGUCGGCACCGGUGGCAUAUCCGCGCGCGAGCAGCUCAAACGUCGAGGAUCGUUCUAG